AUGGAUAAUUCUGCUUUUGUCCCAGAUAACUUUCGUUGUUCAAGAAUCAUUAACGCAGAAGAAAAACUUUUGCUUAAAAAAUUAAAUGAAGCUUUUGCAACAAAAAACUUGGAAAAAUUCACGAUGUUGCUUCAACGUCCGAUGAAGAAAAGUUGGAUGAAAUUGAAAAGAAAAAGAGAAAAAAAAAUGUCAAAGCAAGAAAAUAAUGAAGUUUUCAAGCGUUUCAAUUUAGUUUGGAAUUUUACUCAAGCAAUGCAAGCUGAACUCGAAAACGGUAAAAUCAAACAUGAGCCUCCAUUUGAUUAUCACGAAUUACUUUCGCAAAGAAUUCUUUGCUAUCGUAAAACAUCCAAUGAUCUUAGCUUGCUCGAGAAGAUAAUGCAAGAACCUCAGAGUGGAAAUUUUAUCGCAUUUGUGUGGAGUGAGUGCGACUUCUGGCGUGACUCAAGCUACCUAACAACAAUAAAUGAACAAGGAAAAGUUUUAAUGGAUUUUAUCGUUGAAUCGGAAAGUGACGAGAACUUGUUCAUGUUUUUAAUACAUGAUUUAAAAGAUCGAACAAUUGAUGACAGUAAAUGUGACAAAAAUUAUUUUCUGAAAAUCAAGAGUGAACAAUUCAUGCGUUGCUGUGGAAUUUCUCUAUUCAGUCGAAUAUAUAUGAUCAUCGUUGAAGAUCCAGCGAAGUUCGAUCAAUGCUUAGUCAUAAUUCAUGAAGUAUUAAAGGAAAUGAAACAAAUUGUUGAUAUUAGAAGAGAAGUUCAAAUUGAUGCGGUGUUAACAAUGAAAGAACAUAUUCAGCAUGAAAUUUUAAAAAUUAUGAUUAAAUAUUGGAAAACUCAUUCUAAGGAUUAUUAUUGCUACCGUAAUUACAUAUGCGACAUCAAUCCUUUCUUCAAACUCUACAUUUCACUCAAGGAGUACGACGAAGACGAGUUUGAAGAAUGUUUUUGUGAUUAUCUUGAUUUCAUGAGACAAACUCAUAGUCACAUUGAAUUUAAUCAGAAACUGCAAGAAGAUUCAAAUUUGCUUAUGACCUUUGCAUUGAAUCAUGGAAUGAAGAAAGCCAUGCAAAUUCUUAUUAGAUGUUACUCUGUUGAUGUCAACAAGUCAUGCGAAGUUAUUGAUGUCGCAAUCAAUAAUGAAUACGCAAUGCUGAAGCUUCUUGAGAAAGGAUAUUACAUUGGAUAUGAAGACGAAGAAAUUUGUAAAGAUGGAAAUUGGAUUAAUGGAAAAGUUUUUGAACAGUUUUUGGAUUCACGUGUUACUACAGUUAAUGGGAGUGUAAAAUCAUCAACACUUGAUUAUGAUGAAGAUCGAGGAAUACAAAUUGAUUACACAUUUAUGAUUUCACCUGAAAUUCGUCCAAUUACAAUGGAUAAAGAUGAAAAUAAUCAUAAAUUAAUUUUCAACGCUGGUAUGGCACCAUUGGAAUGGAUUUUGUCAAAUGAAAAGCUUCGAUACUUCAUCACACAUCCAGUAUUGUCAACGUUCAUCAAUCUAAAGGCAAAUAAAUUUUCGUUAAUCUACAGCUUGAAUCUCUUCAUGUUUUGCAUGUUUUAUGUAAUUCCUUUUAUUUUGGUAUUCGUCUAUUAUGAUCCUAAAGACGGUUCUCAUGUGUUGAAGAUUUUUGUGCCAGCGCUUAUUGCAACUUUCUAUCUUACACUUCGCGAAGCAAUUCAAUUCUUUUGGAUCAUCGACAGCAAAGUUGAAUACUUUAAGAAGAAAAGUAACAAGUUGGAAAUGUUAAUGAUUACAUCAAGUUGGUGUCUCUUAUAUUCGAUAGUAACUAAAAGUUACCAUACCUAUCAAGUUUCGUCUGCUUUCAUCAUUCUAUUAGGAGCUAUUGAACUUUUAAGCAUUCUACCAUAUGCAACUUUUUCAAUCUACAUGUUUAUGCUGAAAGAAGUUACAAUGACAUUUCUAAAGUUUUUCACAGUCUUCAUUUUAAUCAUUUUGGCUUUCACAUUUUCAUUCUACGCCAUCUUAAAGCCAAUCAAAACAAUUCAAGAGAAGAAAGUUGUAAUCGCCAAUCAAACACUCACAUUAACUUCAAGUGAAGCUGUUUUCAAAAACUUUGAACAUCCAUUUACAUCUUUCAUUAAGACAAUUUUAAUGUUUGCCGGUGAUUUUAGUGUCGAUCCGUACAAAGGUGUUAAAAAAUCGGAAAGCAAAUGGCCUAGAGACUUGGAGCAGAACGGGGCUAGAAAAAAUGAUUUGAAUUUUAUAGAGAGAACGACAAAGAAAAUUUUAACGUUUAUUGUAAAUCGAUAUAUCUUCCUUCAUAAAAUGGAUAAUCUUUUCAUUGAUCUUAAAUAUAAACACAUUUUCUAUAAAAUUGAGCAAAAAAAAGAACCAAUUUUACGCAUGAUAAAUGGAACAGUAAAAACAUGUUCUUUAGAAGACACAACUUAUGAGCGUCUUGUCGCACUUUCAAAGCGCAAGGAUAAAAAUACACCAGACAUUGGAGAACGACUUGUGGUUAUUGAAAAUGACGUGAAAAUCUUAAUAGAACAAAUGGAAAGCUUGAAAAAUAUUUUAGUGGAAAAAACAUCUGAAAGUAUAGUUGAAGAAACUUAUUCUAAUUUAAAUUUAAUUUCUAAUCAAUUUAACUAA